GAGAGAAAUACGCUCCGAUUAUUUGUGAAAAUCAGUUGAUCACAACGGGAACGUUUAAACAACAAAAAUACGACAAACUAGUUUGUGAUCUACAACACUGUCGUCUUGAAGCCAUUUGAAAGUGAAACUUGUUGCAAUUAAUUAUACUUCCUUCAAAAUGACUAACCGUAACGAUUAUAAAGUGGUCUAACAUACAAUUUGCAAGGCAUAUUUACUGUUCUCGCCUUCGCACACUCGUGUGGCCCGAGUGAAUAUAGAUCUGCAGGUGGAGAAUGCUGCCCAAUGUGUAAUAUAGGGUCAGUGGUUUUCCAUUACUGCCUUGUGGAUUUCAGUACCACUUGCAAACCGUGUAGUCAAGGAAAAUUUAUGAGUGAACCAAAUGGUCUUUAUAAAUGUUUUCCUUGCAAAAACUGUGAUCAAAGUCAAGGCCUAUACACCCAGAGCAAAUGUACCACAAUGACAAACAGCAUCUGUGAUGUGCUUGAUGGAUAUUACUGCAUUGAAUACCACAACUCAGAGUGCAUUUAUACUCUAAAGCAUAGUGUAUGUAAACCAGGACAAGGAACAAAAUUAGGCACAAAGAGAUCAGACACCGUGUGUGUGGACUGUGGUCAUGGGUUUUAUUCUCCGUCAGGUUUGAACUGCACCAAAUGGACAGACUGUGCCACCAAAAAUGAGAUUCAGACAGCAGAUGGCAGUUUUAUUAAAGAUGUCACGUGUGCACAGAAAAGGGGAAGAUAUGGCCUCAUAGCAGCUGUUCUUGCUGCUGUUCUUGCUGCUGUUCUUGCUGCUGUACUGAGUGUCUUGUCCUUAUUCCGAUACAGUUUUUCAGAAAUGUAUACACUUAAUACAGGUCCUGCACUUAAAUUUCCUGUUGAAGAAACAAGAUCUACAAUCACAUACGGAGGAAACAUAGAGGGAGAGUAACUAACAGUUGGGAUCCUCAUUUCAAUCUCUUAUCCCUCCACUGGUCACUCCAUCAUAAAUCAUUUUUUAAUGAAAGGAUAAGAGUGGAUUGUGCAGAGUUUGUAAUCUUCUUUGAUUGAUGUGACCUUGACAUGGUGGAGAAACAUCAGUACAUCAAAGACUCUGCUUGAGAUCUGUGCUAGUCGAAGGCUCACUUGAAGUAUAUUCCAAAAACCAGAGUAAUCCCAAAUGUAAAUGUAGGCUAAACUAGGAUGUAAUCAUGGACUCGAUCAGCUUUAAAUAUCGGAUGGAUAAAAACACUAUUAGAAUAUUGCUAUUUGAUUUUCCUUUGUGCCUUUGCCUGCAGUGGGCAACAACGAAAUUGCUUUUCUCACGUAAAUCAUGCUGUUACAACUCAUUGUUGCAACAAAGCAAUGAUUGACGCUUU